AACAAGUAGUUGGCUGAUAAAAUAUAUAUAUCGCCUCGACACAUUAAGUACACGCAACGUGCCGCGUCGGACGUCGGGUAUACAGAUACUUAAAUACUUGAAUCUCACACACAGGAACAUCUAGAAAUCUCCCUCAUAAUGUAUCCCUUUGGUUCCGGAAUGCCUUAUUCAUCGCAUCCUACUACUACCACUAAUGAGCCACCAACAAAUGCGCCACCCUUUGGAGCUGGUUGGGUGCCACCGAUGCAGCAGAGUUCACCAUACUCCUCCUCGCCAUACCCACCACAGCCAAGCCACCACCACCAGCAUCAGCACCAUCCCCAUGCACAGCCACCGCCCCAGCAGGGCUAUCCGCCAAGUCAGCAUGGUGGCUAUCCACCCUAUCCGUCGAUGUCAGCACCCUAUCCGUCAGCAUCGACAUCCUCUCCGUAUCCACCCCAAAACCCCUAUCCAAUGACACAACCGCAUUCGUCCCAAUCCCAUAACAUUCAUCACCUGCAUGGGGGGGCUGCUGCUGCUGCUGCCCCGUAUCCAGGCGCUCAACCAGCCACCAAUGCCCCCUAUCCCACUGGCAGUGGAUUCACGCCAGCCAUGACAGCCGGAUAUGAUGCUGGGCAUGGUCAAUGGCAGGGUCAAUGGCAGGGGCAUGGGCAUGGGCACGGGCAUGAGCAUGCGAAUGGGCAUGGGCAUGGUCAGGUGCACGCGCAUCGGUCACCCACAGCUCACAAAGAGGGAACCCCAACUUUAUUCCCUGCACAAGGCUUUGAUCCUGUCAAGGAUGCCCACGACUUGCGCAAGGCCAUGAAGGGCUUUGGCACGGACGAGAAUGCGCUCAUCAAUAUCAUUUGCCGGCGCACGAACGAACAGCGCCAGGAGAUCCAGCGCCAGUACAAGACCCAUUUUGGAAAGGAUCUGAUCGAGGACAUCAAGUCGGAGACGAGCGGAAACUUUGAGAAGCUUCUCGUGGGUCUGCUCCGGCCAAUUGUCGACUAUUACUGCGCAGAGCUAAACGAUGCCAUGGCUGGCAUCGGCACGGACGAAGAGGUGCUCAUCGAGAUCCUCUGCACGCUAUCCAACAUGGAGAUAUACACCAUCAAAAACCAGUACUUACGCUUGUACGGCGCACAUCUGGAGUCCGAACUGAAGUCGGAGACAUCGGGCAACUUCAAGCGUCUGCUCACGUCCCUCUGCACGUCGGCACGCGAUGAGAGCGGUCGCAUUGAUCCCGAUGCGGCCAAGGAUGAUGCCAGGGAGCUGCUAAAGGCCGGCGAGCUGCGCGUGGGCACCGACGAGAGCAUGUUCAACAUGAUACUGUGCCAAAGGAACUACGGACAAUUGAAAAUGAUAUUCCAAGAGUACGAGGGCAUGACCGGCCACUCGCUGGAGAAGGCCAUCAAGAAGGAGUUCUCUGGCGACAUUAUGGAAGGUCUCAUCGCCAUCUUUCGCUGUGUGACCAACAAGGCCGACUACUUUGCCUCGCGUUUGCACAAGGCAAUGGCUGGCAUUGGCACCAACGAUACCCAGCUGAUUCGUGUCAUCAUAACGCGUUGCGAGAUCGAUAUGGCAGACAUUAAAGUGGCAUUCGAGCGUUUGUAUGGCAAGUCUCUGAAGAGCUGGAUCAAGGGCGACACUUCUGGCCAUUACAAGCAUGCCCUUUAUGCCCUGGUUGGGGAGCAGCGCUCAUCUUAGGUUUAUUCCUACUAUUAAUUAAUCAAAUUGAAAUCAAAAACAAAAGAAUUAAAUUUUAUUCGAAUAUGUAAUCGCUUUUCCCUAUGUAUUUUACAAUAACUUGCAUAAACACAUUCAUACGUAACGUACACACACGCCCAGGGAGAUGGACAAUGAUGACGUUGAUGCUGACGAUGAAGACCAAUGUUUCGUAGACUCUAAGUGCUCACAGAUAUUACCUGAAUUGUCAAUUUGUUGUAAACACUUUUGUAAGAAGACAAAGCAGAAGCCAAAUAUGUUAAUGGUUCCCCAAUCCACUCGCAACACCCCACACGAUAUACACACAUGAAUACAUUCGAAAGCCACAACGAUAUCCCUUACGCACAUUUAUCUUUAUUAAGUGGAAUGCAUUAUUCAAAUUGUACAAU